AUGACCUGGGAAUUAAGCGUGUCGGUCCUAUUUGGGGUGGGCAUAGAUGUGGCGCAUCAGUACCCAGGCAUAUGGGACUUUUGCCAGCACUUGGAAGAUACCUAUCACCCCCAAUUCCGGCGGUUCGACGGCGCCAUCUGGGGAAUGCUGGGCCGAGAGAGACAGGAGUCUGUCAAAUAUUUCUGGGAAUGGUGUUUCUCUGUUGCUCGAGCCUGGAGAUCCCUGCGGACUGGAAAUAACGGAGCCGACAAUCCGACCAUCCAAGCUGUUCUGUGCCAGUUUUUGUCGGGCCCAUACAGCCGAAGAAGGAUGGAAAACCUCAAUGAGAUCCCAAAAGCUGUGAUUGCUGGUGCAAUCGUGCAGACGCUAUGCUGGCUCUCGGCUGCCGUCAAACCAUUGAUGUACGUGCCUACACCACAUGAAGCGGCAGCACCACAAACACCACGACCACCAGAUACGCCAUCGACUAUAGAAGCGCAGGAUACCACGGGGCCUUUCACCACGACAGGCUCAGUGGAUGGGACGAUCGCAGCGCAGGCGAUGGACACGCCAGACCCAGCAUCGGCGACAAUUACCCAGACAACAGAUGAGAGUCAUCGGCCUGGUCUGGAAUUUUUAGCGGACGAAAUAUCACAGGGACACAGCACAACUCCAACCACAUCGGGGAUUGUGUUAGAGGUAGAGUAUGGCGAGAAAACAGUUUCCGUCGAGCAUCGUCUGGAAGACGAACUUGGGGACAUGUUCCAUGCAUUGUACGAGCAGGCCGCCAAAGGACGACAAAACGCAGAGCCGGUGGCCUGGAAGGCAGCAAAGCUUGAAGAAGACAUCCUGCACGAGUCACGGGUCACAUACUCUACCUUGAAGAAACACGGGGCCAUUCAACUGAAGUGGGUGGACACGAUCAGCCAGCAUAUGCACCUGGACCAGCGACGACGUGAGCUGUCUCUGUUUCGGUUCCCUUCUCUUUGCGCGGCAAGGGCCAAAGGCGCUACCCCGUCUAGAGAAGUCUCUAUGACUGCAAACAUCACGAACUGGUUGAUGCCUUAUACUGCAUUUCCUCAGCCGCCCUACCCGGCGCAAGACGAAGAUGUCGUAUGUCAGGAGAUCAUUCUGUCGUACCGUCUUCUCUUCAGCCAAUGUCUGGAAUCCCGCAAGCUUCUGGAGCACGCACUGGAGUUGGAGAAGGAAAAACUUAGAGCUGUCGAUCCAUUUAUCAUACAGUGUGUGGCGAAUCCGUCGCAGGACAGCAUCUGGGGUUGUCUCGGUCUUGGGACGAGGCGCUCCAACACCGUAAUGCGAUUCAAUAAUAAUAUACUUCCGAAGCACGUCAGGGAUGGUGACAGGAUCAUCGAAUGGAGCACGUAUUCCGCGUCCAUGGACUUUCCGGUAUUUGGAUGGCGGUUGAAGAUAUUGCAAGCAAUCGGGGGUAACCACCCGCCGACGGGCUUUGGGGACUAUUUGACAGACAGACGAUAUCUGGCAACGAUGUACACUGCCCAGGUUGGUUUCACGGUGGCAGUACUCACCAUCUCCAUUGGUCUGGUGCAGAUAGGUAUUGCCUCCAGACAGCUGGCGGAGGCACGGGAAUGA